UGGACAAACCCCCUCAUAGCAGACUGGUUCGCGGAUUACUCCAGAAAAGUGUUCGAAUUAUACGCAGAUCGAGUUAAAACUUGGCUAACUAUAAACGAGCCAUCAAUAUUAUGUGAUAUUGGGUAUAUGACUGGGACAUUUGCUCCUGGGAUUAUGGAGGACCAGUUUGCACCUUAUAUUUGUACCAAAAACAUACUUCUAGCUCAUGCGAAAGCUUAUAGGAUAUUCGAUCAGGAGUUUAGACAAAUCAAUGGAGGUCGCAUAUCAAUUCCAAAUCAGGCGCCAUGGUACGAGCCGCUAACACAAGACGAUGAGGAGGUCGCUGAAAUGGCUAUGGAACUUGCGGCAGGUAGAUUCUGUCAUCCGAUCUUUUCUAAGGAUGGUGGAUGGCCACCAAAACUAGAAAAACUAAUGUGGAAGAUCAGUCUCAUGGAGGGACAUAGACGAUCUAGAUUACCUGAGCUUACAGAAGAAGAGAAAAAAUUGAUAAGAGGAACGGCAGAUUUCUUCGGUCUAAACUACUAUACCUCUCGUGCGAUACGACAAGCGAAGCCGGGUGAGAAGAUAGGACAGUGGUUCCUUGAGGGAUCGCCAGAACUGAAUGCGGUGAUGGAAGUUCCAGCUGAUGGUUAUUAUAGCUCUUCACCUCUUGUAUAUAUAUAUCCUGAAGGCCUACGCAAACUGUUGAGCUGGAUUAAACAGACAUACGGAGACUGGGAGAUCUUCAUCACAGAACAUGGCUACCCCUCCACUGGGCUGGAGCUCAAUGACUAUAAUAGGAUCGUUGCUAUUGGAGAACACUUGGAACAGGUCCAACGGUCCAUAAAGGAUGAUGGUGUGAAUGUUACUGGUUAUACGCUCUGGUCCCUGCUGGAUAAUUUCGAGUGGGCAAGUGGUUUCUCCCAGCGGUUUGGUCUUUACCAAGUUGACAUGGAUGAUCCAGAACUCAAAAGGAUACCUCGAUUGUCCUCCAAGUACUACACAUGUGUGAUUAAACACAACACAUUUGAUGUACCAAGUAACUGCUUCGACCAAUCAGAAAGCGCGAUUCGUGCUACGAGGCAAUCCUUAUCGAAUUUACCAAUCCCUAACAUGGGGGAAAGCGUUAGUUUUUUCAAGGAAGUGUAUGAGAAUAGACGAUGCAUUGUAAAAGUUAUGAAAUUGGGGGCAAAGAUGAUGGCAUUAGUUGGCGCGAAUAAUUAGGUGUCUAUGUUUUUUUACCCUACAU